AUGGUUCCCAAAAUUGAUGCUUACUUCUACGGUUAUGAUACUUUUGAUCCAAAAAUAGAUGCAAAUUAUCUCAAAAAUUCCGGAGUCAACUUUGAUUCGUUAUUUUUGUAUGAGUUUAUGCAUGUAAAAGAAUUGCCCACCGUUAUUACGAGUCUUAAAUUAAUCGGAACCACGUUGGAUAGCUACGUGAUUGAUGGCCUUAAAAAAUUGUCAUUGGAACUGUCUGGUGAUGGAAACACAACAAAAGAAUAUUCUUUCCCUUCUUCUUUAGAAGAUUUAACUAUCAAAGGCUACAAAUUGACGAGAAUAACUUUGCCUCCAAAUUUACGCAGAUUGUAUAUCAGUACAUUCCUGAAAUCAGUAGAUUUUGUGUCUGUGGAAAUGCCUCACUUAGAGUAUUUGCUGCUUUCGUUGCUGGAUGUCAAAAACCUUGAAGAUACUGGAAUAUGUGCUCCUAACUUAAAAACCCUAGAAAUACACAAUCGUUUGAGGUGA